AUGGCUCCUUCUUCUUCAUCACCAUCAGUACCACCAGCUUCAAUGGAGUAUUUUAGCUCGGGUUUAAUUCUCGGGUCGGGUCAUCAUCAUCAAACCCAUUUCCCGAUUCAAUCAAAUUCUCAUCCUUUCACACAUAAUCACAAUCAUCAUCAUCAAGAGUUUUCCUUCGUUCCCGAUCAUCUGAUUUCUCCGGCAGGAUCUAACGGUGGAUUCAAUCUCGAUUUCAACAUGUCGACUUCUUCCGGCGCCGGAGCCGCCGUGGCCUCCGGUGGAUUCAGUGGUUUCAACAGGGGGACCCUUCAGUCCAAUUCAACAAAUCAUCAUCAGUCUUUUCUUACGAAUCUUCAAAGGUUUCCGACAUCGGAAAACGGUGGAGGAGGAGGAGCACAGUUCUUGUUCGGUGCACUGCCUGCAGAGAAUCAUAACCCAAAUCACAGUAAUAAUAAUAAUCACCAGUUUCAACUUUACUAUGAAAAUGGAGGAUGCAGAAACUCAGACCAAAAGGGUAAAGGCAAGAACUGA